GAGGAGAAGCGACACGCCACCGAGAGAGGACGCAGAGAGCCAUCAGCCAUGGGAGGAGGCGUCAUGCGCACCGCCGCGAAGGUCGGCAUGGCCGGGGGCGCCGCCGCGGCGGCGGCCAGCGGCCGCUUCCGGAGCGUCGCUCCGGCGUUCGCGACGGCCGCCCCCGCCGCCGAGUCCUCGGCGGCGCCGCUGGUGUCCGCGGCCGGGGAGGUCCCCGCCAUGGCGGCGGCCGGGCCGCAGUGGGCCUCCUCCUCCUCCUCCUGGGAGGUGGACGACUGGGAGUUCGCGGACUGGAGGGACGUGGCGGUGUCCGAGGCGGAGGAGACGGCGGUCGGGAGGCCGAGGCUGGUCUUCGCGCCGCCCUCGCAGGAGGAGGCCCAGGAGGCCACAACCGAGCUCAGGGAGGCCAUAGACAGGGUUUAUUUUAACGAGACUCCAAUAGAGAUUGUUAAGGAACAGGAUAAAGAGCUUAACAAGCUGGGAGUAGAUGCUAUUAUCCCUGCUAUGCCGGGACAUGUAGUGCAAGCUUUCACGUUGUUGAAAUCAAGCUCGGAAGCUCAGAGUGUCGUUGCCUCCCUUGCAUCAGAUAAGAACGUCUGGGACGCAGUGUUGAAAAACGAGAGGGUUAUGGAAUUUUACAAGAAUCACCAGCAAACUCUAGUUCACACUUUCCCUGAGGACAGUGGCACGGUAGAGUCACCGGAGAAAUUUGAAGGUGCUUCUCAGGAGUAUGCAUCCCGUGGGGAACUGCCCACCACCUCACCUUUAUCAGACUUUGUGGACAACGCGAAGAAGACGGUGAUGGAGAUAGUCGACAACAUAACCCACUUUUUCCAAGACGUGUUCCGCAACCCAGCAGAAGCGGGGGACCGACCGAGCUCAUCCACUGGAAAGGGUAGCCCCCCUUCUUUCGCGGAGAUGGCUGCAGGUGGAUCCUUCAUGGCUCUGGCCAUAGCGGUCAUCCUAGUUGUUCUGUUCAAGAGGGCAUGAGAUAUAUAAGAUCAGGCCUUAUUUGGUGCUGGCCGAUCGUGCCUUAAAUCUGUCGAAAAUAACUCGGUUUAUUGUCAUGUUAAGAACUACGGAUGUACUAAUAUGUACAGACCUGUGUCGUCUUGCGUCAGUGAAGCUUUUGAAUCUUGAGACCCAGUAUAAUAAAGACAUGCUAUGGUAGUACGUAUUAAA